AUGGACACACUCGCAUCAAUUCUGUCCGCGCGCGCACUCUCUCCCGCCCUCGCUCUCUUUGGCGGUACAAUUGAGGCAGCGGCGGCGGUGGCAGCUCGAGCGUUAAAAUGUAUCGAAAACUCGCCCGGCCGGGGUGGCACACGACGUCUGGGAAACCGAGAGCACCUGGCCACUUCUGCUCAAUCGUUGCCGCAAGAGAGGCAGCGUAGACGGUCGCGCGAUGCUCUCCCCCCCCCCCACCCCCUUCAACUCUGCUUUAACGAACCCGCAUCAAUUUAA